UUCUCUCGCUCCCCCACCUCUCCCUUUCAAACCCCCACCUCGCUCCCUCUGGUGACAAAAGCACAACACCACCUCCGUUGCUCCAACUUUUACUGACCCGACCCUGACCCACAUGGACACUCGCAACCCGACCCGCCUCCGCCCCAAGAAAUCGACCACACCCUCCGAACGCUUCCUCGGCGCGUAUCCCCACGCGCUGCCCAAUAACCCUAGCCCCGCCACCUCCAUCGGCGACGAGCUCAACGAGGACGAUGUCUUCUGGAGCAACGACGUCGCCGCCGAACCCAGUUACCACUCAACCCCUUCUUCUUCUACCUCCUCAACCCCGCGCCACCGUAGCCAUCACCACCACCACCACCAUCACAAGGGCUUUUCUCAACCAGAGAGCUUCGGCAUCCUCGCCGCUCUCCCGGAACGAGAGCCCUCCUCUUCCAAUCACCGACCCCACUCCCAUUUCUACCACAAGUCCUCGGUCUCAUCCUCCGCGUCGUCCUCGCCCUCGCAGCUAAUCCCGGCGAUUCCGAAGCCGCCUCACGAUCGGUUUAACUACCCGCCUUUGUCCUCUGUGAAGUACCACCAGUCGGCGCCGUUGAACGUCCCGGUGUUGGCCAAUGCGAUGAGGAAGCACCGCAAAUUUGACGCCGUGGACGAUGACCAUGAUGACGACGAAGGAGAAGGCGAGAUGCUGCCGCCGCAUGAGAUUGUGGCCAGGAGCUCGUCCCACACGCCGAUGCUCGCGUGUUCGGUGCUGGAAGGCGUGGGGAGAACAUUGAAGGGCAGAGAUCUCAGGCGGGUUCGCAAUGCGGUGUGGCGGCAAACAGGCAUUCUAAACAAGGAUGGCCUACCAUGCCCACCGCCACAAAAUGGUUAGACUGAUGCUGGCUGGUUUGUGACGACAUAAGGCUUUUUGAAGCAGCGUCUCUUUCUUCCCAAUUUGUAUCCAAAGCUAUGUCCACUUUUGAUUUUUCAUCUGCCUGUAGUCCCCAGUCAUUGGACUCCUGCUUGUUUGUAUUUGGUGCUUUGUUUACACCCUAGUUUCAUUCAAGUACCAGUUUGUCAAAAAAA